AUGGACGCCCCGCUGGCCCUGGGGCGCAGGGGGCGGGGAAAGGCCCGCGUAGCUGCGUGCCGGCCCCGCCCGGGAGCCGGCGGGAGCGCGGUGCCGCCCCCUGCUCCCCUCCUCUCUGGGCUGUGCCGGGAACCGAGAGUCUUCCCUGCGCUCCCCGCUCAGCUUCGGGGCGGCAGCCGCCAGAGGAGGAACAUGGCGCUCGUGGGCAAUGGAGCGGAGCUGGAAGCGGACGAGGAUAUCUUUGAAGAUGCCUUGGAAACCAUCCCUGUGGCAAAGGAGAGCAUGUACCAUGCCCUGGGCUACAGCACCAUUGUAGUUUUGCAGGCCAUCAUGACCUUUGAGCAGCAGGACAUCCAGAAAGGCAUAUCCGCCAUGAAGGACGCUCUACAAACCUGCCAGAGAUACAGGAAAAAAUGCACUGUUGUUGAAUCUUUUUCAAGUUUUCUUACCAGAGGAUCAUUUGAACAGCUGACUGAAGAGGAAAUGCAUGCCGAAAUCUGUUAUGCCGAGUGUCUCCUACAGAAAGCAGCACUCACGUUUGUACAGGAUGAAAAUAUGAUCAACUUCAUCAAAGGUGGACUCAAAAUUAGAACAAGUUACCAAAUAUAUAAGGAAUGUCUUUCUAUCCUGCAGGUAAUUGAGAAGAGCAAACUUGAGCAGCCGUUCUUCUAUGAGUUUGAAGGGGGUGUCAAGCUUGGAAUAGGAACUUUUAAUUUGAUGCUGUCCCUUUUACCAGCAAGGAUUAUCAGACUACUGGAAUUUAUUGGAUUUUCUGGAAACAGGGAGUUGGGACUCUUGCAGCUACGAGAAGGUGCAUCAGGAAGAAGCAUGAGAGCUCCGCUUUGCUGCUUGACCAUCCUAGCUUUCCAUACCUACAUCUGCCUGAUACUUGGUACGGGAGAAGUGAACAUUGUGGAAGCAGAGAGUCUCCUUGCGCCCUUUCUCCAGCAGUUUCCAAAUGGCUCGCUCAUGCUGUUCUAUCACGCCCGCAUAGAGCUGCUCAAGGGCAAUGUGGAAGAGGCACAAGAAAUAUUCCAGAAAUGCAUUUCAGUUCAAGAAGAGUGGAAGCAGUUUCACCAUCUGUGUUAUUGGGAGCUGAUGUGGAUUUUUGUAUUCCAACAAAACUGGAUGAAGGCAUAUUACUACUCAGACCUGCUUUGCAAAGAAAGUAAAUGGUCCAAGGCAACUUAUGUAUUCCUGAAAGCUGCAAUUUUGAGUAUGCUUCCAGAAGAGGCUGUUGUGUCAACUAAAGAGAAUGUGGUAGCUUUAUUCAGACAGGUGGAAAGCUUGAAGCAGAGAAUUGCUGGGAAAUCCAUUCCUACCGAGAAGUUUGCCGUGAGGAAGGCCCGGCGAUACUCCACUGUGGCAUCUGCCCCCGUGAAACUCGUCUUACCUGCCCUGGAAAUGAUGUAUGUCUGGAAUGGUUUUCCUGUAGUGAGCAAAAGAAAAGACCUUUCUGAAAAUUUGCUGGUAACUGUUGAAAAGGCCGAGGCUGCUUUGCAAAAUGCAAAAUUGAAUGAUUACUCCAUGGAUGACGAGUGCUUGGUGAAGUUACUGAAAGGAUGUUGCCUGAAGAACUUACAGCGGCCGCUGCAAGCCGAACUGUGUUUCAAUCAUAUUAUUCAGAGUGAAAAGCUGCUGAAGUAUGACCACUACCUAGUGCCAUUUACUCUAUUUGAGUUGGCAUUUUUGUACAAAAGCCAAGGAGAAAUCGACAAGGCCAUCAAGGUUUUAGAAAUGGCGAGAAACAACUACAAAGAUUACUCCAUGGAGUCCCGACUGCACUUCAGAAUUCAGGCAGCUCUGCACGUCUGGAGAAAACCUUCCUCGGAUUGA